AUGACAUCAGGAUACAUCAAAUUACUUCUCUUGAUUUCGCAACUGACCUUGUUGUGGUACAUGGUCGGAGGUCAUGAGCAGUGCAGGGCAAGUCCUUACGAGAUCAACACCGGAGCUAACGCCAUAUUCGCUGUGAUAAUGAGUACCCGACAGAGUAUGGGUACGGGCGAGUGUGGCAAAAUCUCUAGUGGAGCCCUCCACACCAUGUCAACAAUACAGUGGGCUGUCAACAAAAUUAACGCUGCCAAAUAUGUUCCUAACAUCAACAUUGGGUUUGAUAUGUAUGAUGAUUGCGGUAUAGAACGAUACAGUGCAUUUGGUGCCCUCGAUGCUGUGAGUACAAAAUUCCCUGAAGAUAUCCGUGAAUGUUACGGUGACGGGGAUUCCGAACUGUUCCUUGGUGUUCUCGGAACAUCUCGUAGUCAUACCACAUACAACGUGCUAAAAAUGUUGGGAAGUAACAUUCCAGUGAUAAGCCCAUUCGCAACACUUCCUGAACUUGCUGAGUUUCCGAACUUUCUCCGAACAACCCCAGCUGACAAUGACCAGGUUCAGGUGGUGAUACAGUUGUUAAAGGAUUUGAAAUGGACGUACAUUGCUGCCCUUCACACCAAUGACAACUACGGGUUAAGUGGCAUGGAGAAGAUACUACAACUGGCUAGAGAAAACGGCAUAUGUGUUGACGUGGUUCAGGCAAUAAAUGCAACUGAGAACUUCGCUGAAAUCGUCAAACUCGAGAACUUUUUUCAAGCUCUCUUACAUCAGAAGAGUUUGGCAAAGGAUCGAAAACUCGGCAUCGUGUACUUCGGUCAAAAGAACGUCAUUGAAAUUUUGUUGAUAAGACUGAACCAGCUUUUCAAUAACAAUGAAAUGUAUAGAGACUUUCACUGGAUAAUGUCUGACUUUGUGGGUACUAGCGUUGAGGUGUUUAAUGACGCUGAUCACGUGUCUGACGGUACCAUAACGGUGUCGACGUCAUCGGUGUUAAUACAAGAAGCACGACAAUUUUUUGAGGAGAAGUGGGAUGCAUCGUCGACCGUUACUAACACAUCAUCUUCUGUGGAUAGACUGAUCGCUGAAUACAGGACGCAUAACCCGACUACAAAGAUUGAGUGGAGAAACGACUUUAUCAUGCCAAUCGUUGACGCUGUGUAUGUCAUCGCGACAGCUCUGAAACAAGCCAUGUUCAAGAAAUGUAGAAAUUACACUGUUAUUUGUGACAAAUUUGAAGGUUAUUUGGACAGUGAGUUCCUUAACAUUAUGAAGAAUACUAGCGUGGAUUACAGUAAUUUAAGCUACACUGCCGGACCUAAGGAACUUAUUGACUUAGGGCGACAGGUUCGAUUCGAUUCCCAUGGUAACAUACUCCCCGACAGGUCAAGUCCACUUUAUGAUAUAAAUAUGUAUAAUGUUACCAGGAAGUCAUUUGUAAAGGUGGGAACCUACAAGAACAACAGUCUGUCACUAAAUUCGUCACUCAUCGCCAGUCACCAGCAGCUUUCGUCCUGUGCUAGUAACUGCUCCAAUUGUACUUCCCUACCACCCAUACCUUACAGAUACGUCGAUGGUGAUGUGCUGUUGUUGGGAAUGUUUUCUAUGCAUGAUCCAUUGGACGACGAACAUGCAUUUUCAUGUGGAAAAUUUAGAAAUUACUCCGUAGAUGUGAUAGUUCAGGAAUCGUUUUUCCACGCCAUACACCGACUUCGGAAUAUGACUGGCAUCAAAUUUGGCGGUCUGGCUUUCGAUGACUGUUACAGUUCCACAGUGGGCAGUCUGAUAGUCACUCAGUUUCUGUCUGGUAGCAGUAGACUAACGUUUGGCCCCGCUGGAGAAACUAUCGACCCUACAAAGGUGUUGGGAGUGAUUGGACCUUAUCCGAGUGGUGUAACUGUCCCAUUGACACUUCUUUUCACUCGUUUGAAACUGCCAUCCGUAUCUUACGCUUCUUCGUCUCCAGAUCUUGAUGACGUCAUCAAUUAUCCUUACUUUUUAAGGACAGUUCCGAGCGACGUCACACAAGUAGGAGCCAUGGUUAAAAUUAUAGAGCAUAUGGGUUGGAAACGAGUAGGUAUGAUAUACGUUAACAAUAACUAUGGGAGCAAAGGUAAGUCUCUGUUCAUAGAGAAGGCAAAUUCCAGCGGAAUAUGUGUGACAGAUCCUAUAGAGCUCUCAGAGUCGGGAAAUCAGGGCGAGCUCUAUCAAAUAUCUUUAGAUAUAAAGAAAAACGGCGAAGAAGUUAUCGUAUACUUUGGAACAGAGGGCAGAAUUGUCGAUCUGUUGACGGAAAUGAAAAGACGAGUGAAACAGAAUUCGUUAAAGUAUGAUUUUGUGUUCCUAGCCAGCGAGGACUGGGGGGAUAGUAUCAACAUUAUGUCGAACCUCGGAAGUGUCGCUAAAGGGGCUAUCAGCUUCAAGUUUGAAAUAAAAUCCGCUGACAUCGGAUUCGAAACCUAUCUUAAAAAUAGAACGCCGGAUUUGGAGGAUACAAAUACAUGGUAUCGAGAAUACUGGAGAGAGUAUUUUAAGUGUGAUCCCGAGGGAAACUUCGAUAAAAGGAUCGGGAAAACAUGUGACAAGGACGUACAAUUCUCUGAACAGGACAUAUCUAACUUCGUAGAUGACCAACGAGUGAUACACACGAUGAAUGCAGUGUACGCCCUGGGACUAGGACUUAACGGAGUGAAGGACCGAUGUCCACAGGACAACCUACGGGGCUGUAAUUACCUCAAGGAACACCCAAAGGGUAUCGUGGAAAAAAUCAACGGCGCUGUACUACGAUCGGAGAGCGAAAUAUUCUCCGUCUUUGACGAUGAACGCAAUGGAAAUAUGGGAUUCACAAUCCUUAACCUUCAGGCAGUUGGUCCGGAUGUAUACGAUUAUAUAGAGGUUGGGACUUACAAACCUGGACGACUAGAACUCAACAAGAACUUAAUGAAGUUUUACAACAAUGACGGUUCAGAGAAAGAAGUAACUGCUCCAUGUGUCUCAUCUUGUGCAUGUUUUAUGUCGAGCACGUCUCCCACAACGGAAGUGACGACACCAGCGCCAAAAGUUCAACCUGUAACCGAGUAUCAGACAUCAACCAUCAUCAUCAUCGCUGUCGUUUCAUCGUCGUGUCUCCUCCUUAUCAUCCUCCUACUCAUCGUCAUUGUCUGUUUCUGCAAAUUACGACGAGAAUCGGAUGGCCCAAGUCCAUCAAAACCGUUCAAACGGUACUACAACACGCCCAGUGAACCCUCUGGAGGAGGCGUCAGUCACGUUACUAAGCCGCCUUCUGACAUUCAAUUCGUCAAUCCGCAGGGGAUGAAUACUGACAUCAAAUAUAUGGGACCGGUGUCAAAACAUAAUGGUGAAUCGAAGGGUGUUAUUUCUAAUGGACAAAAGGGUCAGGUGAACAGAGCUUUCUCUGACCCCUACUUACACCCGGCUACAGGGUCUAACAGUAGUGAACAGCUGUACAGACAGCAGACUCCAAUGUCUGAGGGAUACGAUCAGAACCGAAAUGACCAAAGAAGAAAUGUGUCUCCUGUUAGGUACAGAAACAGAGAGACUGUAGCAAAUACGCCGUCUCCGAGGCAGGAAUCCAGUACCUCUGACUACCGUCCACAGUUACCACCAAGAGACGAGGGCAUCCCUAAUUUAAAACAAUAUCAAUUGCCAAAUGGCUACCCAAGAAUGGGAACGAGUCACGUGACAAAUGGUUCUCCGCCUGUUGGUAACUCUCCAACAGGUUCUGACCACGCUCUUCUUAAUCUUUUAGCGUGCGAAAACAAUGUGACUCUAAAUGAUGACUCCCCAGUGUUCAGUAUGUCAGAUCCGGGAUCACCAUUCGGGGAAAUGCAAGAACGGGACCGGAAGUCGCAAUUUGCGUCGCUUAAGAAAAAACAAAAACGUUUGUAUAACCAAACAGCCAUGGAGGCGACACAGUCAGUUGAGAAGAUAUCUCGUGUGUAA